AUGUCCUCUCUCAGGACUGUCUUUAACGAAUCUGUCAUUGUUCAUCCUCCAGGCUUUUACAUAGUUGGAUUUGAGACAUUUCCCUUUAUCAGUGUCUACUUCAUCUUUCUGGUGUUUGUUUAUGCUGUGACAUUGCUCUUCAACAGCUUGGUGAUCUGUAUAAUUGCUUUUGACCAUUAUUUACACACUCCAAAAUUUUUGGCAGUAGCUAACCUGGCAGUAGUUGAUGUGAUUCUUAACACGUGUACGAUUCCCAGCAUGAUAAAGAUAUUCCUGGUUAAGGACAAUUUCAUUCCAUACAACUUGUGUCUCGUGCAAAUGUUUUUCUACUAUGCUUUUGCGACUUUGGAGUCAUAUGCGCUUGCUGUUCUUGCCUACGACAGGUUGAUCGCAAUUUGUUUCCCUUUGCGUCAUAGCUCCAUUAACACACUGCGGAGCAUGUCUUAUAUUUUGGGCAUGACUUGGGCUUUAGGUUUGGGAACCACUAUGUUUGCAGUAGUUAUAAUGACAGAACUGUCUUUUUGCAAAUCUGUCCAAGUGUUCAGCUACUUCUGUGACUAUGCGCCUGUGUUCCGACUUGCUUGUAAUGAUUUCUCAAUGCAGUGGACUGUGGCCUCUUUGCUCGCCAUCCUGUUACUUGUGGGACCCUUUACUUUCAUAAUUCUGUCUUACGUCAGCAUCCUGGGGACUGUGUUCAGGAUGAAAUCUUUAGACAAUCGAGUUAAAGCUUUGGCGACUUGUAUUGAGCAUCUAAUUCUUGUUGCAGUAUUUUACAUUCCUCUCAUUACCAUUUUUACUAUUGGGUUUUACAUGCGUCUCAUUGACCCGGACCAGCGUGUGCUGAGUCUGUCUCUGGCAUCUUGUCUCCCACCCUGCAUCAAUCCUAUUGUAUAUUCUUUGAAAACCAAAGAGAUUAAAAUCACUCUCCAGAAAUCCAUCAUAUUCUGCAAUAUUAUGAAUUUAUUAUAA